AUGAUUUAAUCAUGAUGAUUGAACAAGACUCGAUUCUUCACAUGUCUGGCGCUGGUAUUAAAUUCUGUAGUUCUAAUAUCUUUUUUAUAUAUUAAUGCCCCUUUUUCAAAAUCAACAUAUUCAUUUUAACGUUAAUUAAAAUGACCUAACAAAUAGGCUCAUGCUAUUUGUAUGUUGUAAUAUUUCAAUAUAGGUUUUUUUUUACAAUGUUUUUAGUCUGUUCCUAUAGAUGUUUUCAAAUGUCAUUAGAAGAGCGUAACCAUUGCUGAUUUUACGAUCAUUUGCUAAAUAAACAUUAUUUAUUUGACAAACUAUUUGCGUGGUUUGUAAAUUGAGCAAUCGAAUUUUCUAUUUUCACACCAUCUCCCGCCAAUGUCCGUAUUUAGUAUGCAUAAUGCGGUAACUAUUACCACAAGAAAUACGAAAAGUAGGGUGUUGCAGAAUUACUCCAAAUCUGUCCCCUGGUCGUUGAAACGUUUCAUUUCCGAUAAAUCAUCUGAUCGCGUUCAAAAUUUGCUUUGCAUUUAAUAUUUAUAAGAUAAAUUUUUAUUGAUUGAUUUCUUAAGUGUACAUUUUUGUUAUAAAAAUCUUUAUGCGAAGCGGUUUAAAGAACGCCAUGAUUUUUAAAGCGUUAAUAUGGAGUCUAUACUUGUAUUGUUUUGUAUAUGCUUCUCAAUAUGUACCAAUUGAAGGAGUAGAUGGCAAUGAUUGUGCUGUAAUAUUGGAAGGUUCAAAACAUUUUAUAUACAACAAUGGUCAUGGUCUACCACAACGAUCGUCAGCUCAUACUUGUAUUACAUACGACACUGUGAAUAGGGUUUUUUUGGAAAGUCAAAAUAAUCACAAGAUUUUAGAUCCAAGUGAAGUAUGGGGACCUCAACAUUUUGCCCAACUCGGGGAGCUUUUGUUGGAAGUGUCUCGUAUGCUGUCAAAAAUGUUUGACUUAAGUGCUGAAGAUGUAAACAAAUUUUUACCAAUGAUUGAUACUUCUAAAACAUUAAUUAGAAAUAUAUGUCCUUCAUGUUUAUCGAGAGUAGCUUGUAAAGCUGGAAUAUAUCGUAGACCCGAUGGUUUAUGUAAUAACAUAGCUAACCCGAACUGGGGGUCUACUAUGUCUACAUUCAACCGAUUAAUAGCUCCUCGUUAUUCCGAUAAAAUAUCAUCACCUAAAUUUUCUGCAUCUGGAGAUCCCCUACCAUUACCUAGGGUUGUGUCUCGAAUAGUUCACCCUGAUGACGGCCAUCAUGAACAUGCUGGAACUGUUAUGUUAGUUGCUUGGGGUCAAUUUAUAGAUCAUGAUCUUACAUUAACGGCAACACCAUUAGAUCCAGUGAAUAGAAACGAACCCGAAGAAUGUUGUGAUCGCCCUGAACAUUUGAAAAACAAGUAUUGCUUUGAAAUAAAAAUACCAGAAGACGAUAGUUUUUAUAAGAGUCAUAAUUUGAAAUGCCAAGACUUUGUUAGGUCGUUUCCAGGAGUGCAGUCUAAUUGUAGAUUAGGCCCAAAAGUACCGUUUAAUAUGUUGACUUCAGUUAUUGAUGGCAACACCAUUUAUGGAGUUGAUGAACUGACUUCAAGAUACUUGAGAUCUGGAUUUACUGGUCAAUUGAGAAUGAAUCCAGCUUUUGCAGAUUUAGGUUUAAAAGACCUUCUUCCAAUGAAAUUGAAUAUUCCGGAUGAAGGCUGUAUAAGGGAAAAUUCUUCACAGUAUUGUUUUGAAUCAGGGGAGGUAAGAGUCAAUGAACAACUCGUAUUGACGUGUGUUCACACAUUAAUGGCUCGAGAACAUAAUCGAGUUGCAAAAGAAUUAUCUCAAAUUAAUUCACAUUGGAAUGAUGAAGUGCUUUACCAGGAAGCAAAAAGAAUAGUCAUAGCAGAAAUUCAACACAUAACAUUUAAUGAGUUUUUACCGAUUCUCUUAGGAAAAGAACUGAUGGAUAAGUAUGAUUUGUCAACAAAAAAACAAGGAUUUUGGGAUGGUUAUGAUUCUGAAGCGAAUCCAAACAUUUUAGCAUCAUUCUCUGCUGCUGCUUUUCGUUUUGGCCAUUCACUGUUACCUAAUGUAAUAGAAAGAUGGAGCAAAGCUCAUGGAUUUAUUGCUUCCAAAAGACUUUCAGAUUUGAUUCGUAGACCAUUUGAUUUAUAUCGAGCAGGUGCAUUUGAUGAAUAUUUUAUGGGCCUUAUGAACCAAGUAGCGCAGGCAAUGGAUGAUUCGGUAACGAGAGAGGUUACUAAUAAUUUAAUUAAAAAGCCAGGAAAAGGUUUUGGUUUUGAUCUAGUUUCGUUUAAUAUACAAAGAGGAAGGGACUUUGGACUACCCGGGUAUAUGGAGUUCAGGCGUCAUUGUGGCUUACCUGUAGCCAAUACAUUUGAAGAAAUGAAAGGCUUUAUGUCUAAUAUUACAAUUCAAAAAUAUAAAAUUGUUUAUGCAUCUCCUUAUGAUAUUGAUUUAUGGUCUGGUGGCGUGUCCGAAUAUUCGGCUUCAGGUAGUGUUAUUGGACCUACAUUUGCUUGCAUCAUAGCUACACAAUUUAGUCAACUAAAAAAAGGGGAUCGUUUCUGGUACGAGCUUCCCAACCAACCUUCUUCUUUUACACUUGAUCAAUUAAAAGAAAUUAAAAAUGUCAAAAUGUCCCGUUUAGUAUGUGACAAUACAGAUAUAAUUGAUACGGUUCAGAUGUAUCCUAUGGUUUUACCUGACCAUGAACUAAAUCCGAGAGUACCUUGUAGAAGUGGCAUUAUACCAAGAAUAGAUCUAACAAAGUGGGCAGAGUCAUCAGUGGAAACUACUAAACCUAGUUCACGACACUCUAAUGUGGCAAAUAAUUUGAAGUCUGGUUUAACUGAAGCUCAGAUUUUGGUAUGUGAGAACUGUAAUAUUACUACAUCAGGAGCGGAAGAUCCAGUUGGCCGUGUUAUAACGAUAAUUGAUGUAGAUGAAAAUAUAGAUUCUAAUACAAUAUAUGGACAUACUAGAGUAAAGAGAGGAAUUGAAGCAAAAUCAUUAGCUAACGCAACUGCUGAUAACCCUCAUCUAGACUUACCGGAUGAAAUAGCUCUACCACAAAAAAAACCCAAAACCAUACCUAUUAAACGAGAAGCCAGUGUUGACAUGACCCAAGCGAUUAUGGAUGCACGUGAAGAUUAUGAUCAAGAUGACGAUAACGUUGUUCGAUAUAAUAUACCAUUUUAUGACGGACAUCGUAUUGUACAGUCUCCCACCAACUAUAAAGAUUAUUAUGCAAGUCAAGAAAAUGAAGUUCAAGAAAAGGAGGAUGAAACUGAAGAAGAUGGCGAUCAUAACUCACAUUACGAAUAUGUUCCCAUGGAAUUCGAUGACAAAGGCAAUCACAGGCCUUUGACUUUGCCAAAAUUUAUUGAUGUUAAGAAGCCUAAUUUCAAACCUAAGUAUUAUAGUCCUCCAGAGUACAAUUCUUUUGAAUCAAAUCCUCAUGAUUUCAAACCUAUUAGAGGAUCGUAUUCUAAUGGACGAACUAACACGGCUCCCUAUAGUGGUUCAUAUAAAGACACUGGUGCUAAUGUAGACUACACAGAAGGCUUGAUGAAUAAACCUUUUUCGGCACCAAAAUCUUAUAGCGAUUAUCUAGACAUAUCUACUGGUGGUGGUCCUAAAUCGUUUAUGACAAUUGGUAAUAUCUACGAAGAUUCUUCAGAUGGUAGUGAUGUGAUUAGUAUUGAUCAUGGAGAAGCAUAUAAAUCGAAUAAUAAACAUUCAAGAUUUUCGCCAUCAGAAGGAACAACAUCAAAUAAUAAUAAAGGUAAUGAUCCUUUACACCCAUUGCGAUAUUAUCAAUCGUCAACGCAUGAUAACGAAGGUAUGUACAUUAAGAUGCGAGAUGAAUAUCAAUCUAAAUUAAAGCCUCAGAGUUUUGAAUAUGACAAUUAUGAUCAGAGUGAACUUUCUUCGUCAUCGAUUAACUACAGAAAGUCGAAUUUCAAUGAACCGAAUAAAAAGAAAAAUAACGCUUAUUGGAGAAUGUCAUUCAUGCAAAAAAUUCAAUAAUAAUUGUCUUUUUU